AUGACACCUGACAGGUUGCUUCGCCGCACGGCUCCCAAGGGCCAGGGCAGCAGGUUCCUGGUCCAGGGCCGCGUCUUCUGCGACACGUGUAAGGCUGGAUUUGAGACUCCGGCCACCACCUACAUCGAAGGUGCAAAGGUGAGAGUACAAUGCAGAACCAGAGCCACAAGUGAGAAGACCUGCAGCUUCGACGGCGUGACCGACGCGACCGGAACCUACAAGAUCCUCGUUGCGGACGAGCAUGAGCAUGACAUCUGCGAGUCCGUCCUCAUCAGCAGCCCAGACGGCUCUUGCCAAAAGAUAGUCCAGGGAAGGGAGAGGGCUCAGGUGUUCCUCACCCACAACAAUGGCAUGGCCUCCGACACUAGGUUCGCUAAUGCUUUGGGUUUCGAGAGGAAAACUCCCUUUGCUUUCUGUGCUCAGCUCAUGAAGCAGUAUGAGGAGGUUGAUGUCUAAAUGAAAUAGAUUUGUUUCUCUUGAGAGAUUUCUACCUUUGAUAUAAUGCUAGUUCUUGUUGAAUGAACUAAUUUAAAUUGUAUUUGUUUGUUAAACUUGGUACUAUUUUGGUCACUCGUUUGUGGCUGUAAAACAAAUUAUUAUUAUUGUCAGUUAAAUUAUUGGGUUGGAAUGUGUUGUUACUUUGGUA